AUGAUCAUCGUUGAAAUCCUGGCGGGCGGAACUCGUAUUAUUGAAAUGACAAACAAGCUUCUCGUUUCGUUGAAAGUACUUAUUAUUCAAUUGAAUCCCCAGAUCGGGCAGACGGACCAGACUAUCAAGAGAACAUGGAGUAUUCUGGAUAAAGUGGCGAGAAGUUCCACAUAUGUGAAGCCUGAUAUAAUAUUAUUUCCUGAGUUUGCCUUAACGGGGUACAAUUUUCACUCUAAGAACGACAUUCUACCCUAUGUGACUGGGCAAGGUGAAGGGCCAUCUUUCCAAUUGGCUAAAUCAGUAUCUGAGAAGUUUCGCUGUUAUACUAUAAUGGGGUAUCCUGAGCAAGCUGGUGAGCAGAAGCUGUAUAAUUCUGCGCUAGUGAUUGACCCCGAGGGAAAGCAGGUAUUCAACUAUAGAAAAACUUUUCUCUAUGAUACUGAAGAGAACUGGGACUGUGGGGAGAAUCCAGAGGGAUUUCAGACUUUCCCCAUGCAUUUUCCAAAAUGUGCCAAACUUCCUCACGAGAAAAGCUUUACUCGAGAUGUGACCCUGAAGUCUUCAAUAGGUAUCUGUAUGGAUCUAAGCCCCUAUAAAUUCAAAGCUCCCUUUAAUCACUUCGAAUUUUCCUCGUUCUGUGUGGAUAAUAACGUCGAGUUGAUUUUAUGCUCUAUGGCAUGGCUAAACUCCACUUCGAUCACUGAUAAGCAGGUUUUACAAAAUGAUUCGCUAUUAAAUGCCGCCAAGGACAAAAUAGCUUUUGGUUUAAAGGAGCAAGGAUUACCCCUAAGUGGAUCUCACGGUGUUUACCAGCUUAAAAUUGGUGAUUCGCAACAUACUUCUAGAGUGCCCUCUGAAAACUGCACGAGUGACUACAAAAAUAUGGAUGAACCAGAUAUGACAAAUGUGAACUACUGGAUGCUGCGCUUUUUCCCUCUUUUAUAUUACAAAGCAAGAACUAAGUGGUUUAGAGAUUCAUCCCUCCUGGAAAGUAUCUUGGCCAAGAGUAAAAUGCCUCUAGACCAUCAAUAUUAUAAGGAUGAAAGACAUAAAGAAGACACUACGGACCUUGUGGAUUCCGAAGGAACGAUAAAGGACGCUCUACUAGAAAAAACAUUUUUGGGAGCAUCCCUAAGACAACCCUGGAAGUUUAAAGGUAAAAACGCAGUCUUAGCAGUGGCUAAUAGAUGCGGUAUUGAAGAUGGAACUACAAUUUUCGCAGGAAGUUCUGGUGUUUAUAAAUUUAAUGGUAAGGAAACGGACUAUCUAGAAAAUAGUGAGGACACUCCACUUGACUCUCGGAAUGAAAGCGUAGAACUACUGGGCAACUUAGGCAAAGGCUUGGAAGGCGCUAUUUUGCGUGAAGUACAGUUUGAAGUGUCAAGGUAA